AUGGAUAAAUCAUGGAUGAAAGAAGAUAGAAGAUCACUAAAGUUUCAGAUAGGACUUGAAGAAUUUUUUAAGUUUGCGUCGGCUAAUGCAAGGGACACAAAUAGCAUAUGUUGCCCUUGCUUGAAGUGUUGUAACAAUGAUUUUUGGUCCAUAGGGGUGAUUAAGGACCAUAUAUUUUUUAAUGGUAUAGAUGUCAACUAUAGGCAUUGGAAGUGGCAUGGAGAACCAUCAACUUCUGCCUUGAAUGUUGCUAGAGGGGAUUCUGAAACAGUUGAGAUGAAUCCUGAUUUUGGGAUAGAAGAGGAUGAAGAAGGUAUGAAGGGUAGUGAGGAUGAGGGGAUUUCGGAAGACUCGAAUGAGUUUAGGAAGUUUGUAGAGGAUGGAGAUAAGCCCCUAUAUCCUGGUUGUACUAAGACAACCAAGUUGAAUGGCUUGAUACAAACAUUCAAUCUAAAAGCUAAACACGGCAUGACUGAUGCUUGCUAUUCAGACAUGUUAAUUAUGAUUGGCCUAUUGCUUCCUGAAGGGAAUGAGUUACCAGGGUCAGUUUAUGAGGCCAAAAGAACACUGCGCUCAUUGGGGAUGGAGUAUGAAAAGAUUCAUGCUUGUCCAAAUGACUGCAUCUUAUAUAGGUUGCAGCAUGCUGAUGCAACAAGCUGCCCCACUUGUGGUGAAUCAAGGUGGAAACUAGGCAGGGACAAAUCCGAGAAAGAAGGGGUACCCGGGAAGGUAUUGUGGUACUUCCCACCGAUCCCAAGGUUCAAAAGGAUGUUCCAAUCAACUGUUUCAGCAAAGGAACUGACUUGGCAUGUCAAGGAUAGAAAGAAUGAUGGAAUGAUGAGGCAUCCAGCGGAUUCCCCGACUUGGAAAAUGAUUGACACAAAAUGGCCAGAUUUUGGUGUAGAGCCUAGGAACCUUAGACUAGCUCUUUCAUCAGACGGGUUUAACCCACAUAGUUCUCUAAGUAGCAAAUACUCAUGCUGGCCUGUUAUACUUAUCACGUAUAACCUUCCUCCAUGGUUGUGCAUGAAAAGGAAGUACAUGAUGUUGACAUUGUUAAUUUCUGGACCUAAACAGCCCGGAAAUGAUAUCGAUGUCUAUCUGCAGCCGUUGAUUGAUGAUCUGAAAGUGUUGUGGGAUGGGGUUGAGAGAGUAUAUGAUGCUGUAAGAGGAGAGUAUUUUACAUUGAGGGCAGCACUGUUGUGGACAAUUAACGAUUUUCCCGCAUAUGGGAACUUAUCGGGAAGCAUUGUCAAAGGAUACAAUGCUUGUCCAGUAUGUGUUGAAGAGACCAAACCGUAUAGGUUGAAGAAGUCUAAAAAAAUGGCAUUCAUGAGGCAUCGAAGAUUCCUGCCACGACAUCAUCCAUAUCGAAAGCAAGCUGCUGCUUUCGACAACACUGUAGAGGAGGGUGAAGCUCCUAAACCAUUAAGUGGAGAGGAGGUUUUGUCAAGAGUUCAAGGUCUUGAUUGGCCAUUUGGCAAAAAAAACCCUCAUCCCCCUUAUAAGGGUCUUGAAGAUCAAAACAGACCUUGUUGGAAGAAAAAGUCUGUUUUCUUUGAACUUGCAUACUGGAAACAUCUUCCGGUAAGACAUAAUCUUGAUGUGAUGCAUAUUGAGAAGAAUUGUUGCGAUGCUAUCCUUGGUACGUUGUUGAAUAUUCCGGGGAAGACUAAGGAUGGGGCUGCUGCUCGUUUAGACAUGGUUGAUAUGGGUAUACGCACUGAUUUGAAGGCUACAAGCACUGGAAAAAGGGAGAAGUUGCCUUUGGCUAGUUGGAACUUGUUCCUUGAUGAGAGAAAGAUCGUUUGUAGUUCAUUUUUCAAUAUGACUGUUCCGGUUAGGUUUUCAUCCAAUGUACGAAAUCUGGUGUCAAUGGAGGAUUUAAGACUCGCCGGUCUUAAAUCACAUGAUUGCCACACUAUAAUGCAACUUCUUCUCCCAAUCGCACUACGUUCAGUUUUAGAGAAACCGGUUCGGUAUGCAAUUAUCCGGUUCUGCCUAUUUUUCAAAGCAAUAUGUAGCAAGGUGAUCGAUGUUUCAAAGCUGGAACAAAUGCAAGCAGACCUGGUUGAUACAGUUUGCCUGCUUGAGAAGUUCUUUCCACCCUCAUUUUUUGACAUAAUGAUUCACCUAACUGUUCAUCUCGUUAGGGAAGUCGAGUUAUGCGGUCCGGUCUUUUUUAGAUGGAUGUACCCUUUCGAGAGGUACAUGAAGGUGUUCAAAGGAUGGGUGAGAAAUCGACAAUUUCCUGAGGGCUGCAUUGCAGAGAAUUAUAUUGUUGAAGAGGCAAUUGAGUUUUGCUCAGAACGUAUACUUCCUGAAGAUGCUACCACUGUUGGGAUCCCUUUGAGAACCAAAUCUGGGUUUUUAAAUGGCUGCAAGCCGUUGUCAGAACACGGAAGAUGCAAUCCCAUAUUUCACGUAAGUGAUAUUAAUUCUUCUGUUACAAUUUUAAUGUUGUACUAUAUUAACGUACACAUUCAUUUAGGUUUUUCUGCUCAUUUCAUGCAUUUCCCCCUUUGCAGUGAGCAUAUGGAAUUAUUGAAGUUAAGUUUCCCAAGGUUCAUCAAAAAUGAAAAGUGGUUGAAGCAAAAACAGAAUCUUACCUUUGCUGGUUGGUUAAAGGAGAGGGUUGCAAACGAAAUGAGAUUUGCCGAUAAUUCUAUUUCAGAAAGUAUCAGGUGGCUCGCAGGUGGACCGAAAAAGGAGGUCCCUACUUUUAGUGGAUAUCAUGUUAAUGGGGUUGAUUUCAACACUAUUGCGCGUGACAAAGUCAGAUCAGUUCAAAACAGUGGCGUUUUUUUAGUUGCGGAUGCAAUGCAAGUUGCUAGUGCAAAGGAUAAUAACCCCAAAACCGAUGAUAUGGACUUCUACGGUAGGAUACAGCAAAUCUGGGAGGUGGACUACUACAAGUUUAGGGUACCGGUCUUUAUGUGCGAUUGGGUUGAGUCAGCCAGGGGGAUUAAAGUAGAUGAACUUGGCUUUACUUUGGUUAAACUGAAUAGAAUAGGGCAUUUAAAUGAUCCAUUUGUCUUAGCCACGCAUGUCAAACAAAUUUUCUACAUAGAUGACCCCCUUGAUGAUCAAUGGUCAGUGGUAAUACGAUGCCCGGAUAGUGACUACCAAGGGGCUGGUAAUGAUGAAGAGCUAGAAGAUAUUGAAGUGGCGCAGCACCCAUUUAUUCCUAUAAUGCCAUCAAUCGAGACAUUUGAUGAUGUACUUGGUGAAGAGCCAAGCUCCUACAUUCGAGAUGGCAAUGAAGGAAUAUGGGUGGAUUAG